GCGGGUCAGCUAGACAAAGCAUGCUCAUGAUUUAUUCAUUCUUUAAUGUUGAAAAUUGAUGAAAUGGAAAAUGAUAGUUACCGAUAUGAUUCCCUCAAUAGAAUCCUCCCUUUCGACGAAGAUGACGAGGGCUACCUUGUACCAUACAAUUACAAAGAUUCGGUUAAAGAGUCGAAAAUGGGGGAAUGUGAUUUCUUAACUCCGCAGAGAAGUCCAGCACUUUCAGAGAAAAAGAUGAGUAUGAAUAAAUAUUUCUCGAAGGAUAGUAUUUUUCGGUCAGAUGAUGAGAAUGAUGACAUGGAAUAUUUAAACAAUGAGUCAAACUCUCCAUCACCUCACCAAUCUUUCACUUCCGAGGAUCAACAGAAAUUCGACUUACCUAUGUUUGAUGAAGAAGAGGGAAAACAGUCUAAAACUUCAAAAAACAAAGUCGAAAACAUAAAAAUUGACUGUGAGAUGGAUGAAAUCAACAACAAAACAACUGUUCUUCCCACCAGAUCAAAAAAUCAAAAUAAAAUAUGCACUCGCGCUUUUAAUUUUGCGAAAGAAGUCUACAGAGAGCUUCGGUCUGUUGUCAGUCCAGAUAUGAAGAGGGACAGUCAAUGUCCUCUUUUAUUGGUGUCCACUUUCCGUGUUCCAGAUGGAUGCGCCAAUGUAUCUUCUAUAACAAAAUAUGACAAUGGUCAAUGCUGGGUUGCUGCUGACCAUUCCGAGGGCAUACUAUUAUAUGAUAAAGACGGAAAUUUGGUAGAUUUCGUAAAUGUUGGGUGUCAUGUAGACUCUCUUACAACCGACAGAUAUGGAAAUGUGUUUAUGUCUUGUCCAGAUUUAAAACAGGUUCAAGUUGUCGAUCGAAACCGCCAUGUAACAACAUUUUUGAAUAUGACUAAAUAUCCACGUGGAAUCGCAUACAUGGAGACGAGCGAGUCAAUCAUAGUGUGCAGAAACAAGAAGAAAGAUGCCAAUGAUCUGGCAGCAGCUGCAUCCAAUUCUGUAAAGAAAUAUGGCAUUUAUGAGCCUAACAUAAGAGAGGAAAUUGACGCAAAGUUCGGUUGUCCUCUUCAAGUUUGUGUGAACGUAAACGACGAUUGUGUGAUCUCAGACUUUGCUAAUUGUUCAAUUAUUGUCAUAAACCCCCGUGGAGAAACGCGAUUCUCCUUUAAACCAUCCAAAGAUUUCCCCAUCCUCAAUAUACACUCCAUUUGCUGCGAUACAGAUGGAAACAUCUAUAUCUUUUCGAACGGCACACCGAAUGUAUGUAUAUUGGAACCCGACGGUAAUUUAAGGGACAUGCUUUCUUGUCCAGAUCUGUAUAAUGAGAUCGUUUUUGCGGCGGUUUUCGAUACGGAUGGGUAUUUAUGGCUGGGUUGUUUGGAUGGGUCAAUCAAAAUCUUUCAACUGAUACCAAUUAAGUAAAACGAAGGUUAAUCAUUUAUUAAGUAAUUGGCAAGAAAACUUCCGCUAAAAUCGUGGAAUUCAUUGUUUAACUUCUCCACAUGGUAUUUCAUUCUUAAUGUUUCAAUUAAAACUUGUAUCAAAUAUGUUUUUAUUGUAUAUUGAAUAUAUUCUGUGUGACGGCUGUCAGUUUAGAUGAGUGAAUAAUACAUAAUUUAAACUUGAUGGCAUUAUGGUAAUAAAGAACUUAUUCUGGGUGUUGUUUAAGUAAGUAUAUGUAAAACAUAUUCCAACGACUUUUCGAAUAUUCGCCAAGUUAUUUAGGUAUCAAACAAAAGUGGUUCAUAAAAUCCUGUUUGCUAGGUUUGUAAAACAAUAUCCUUGGUUAAGAUUAAUUACUUUAAUAAACUUAAAUUAUUUUUGAUUUUCUAAACUACACCGUAGGACGUAGCUUCCCUCUUUUGUA